AUAUAUUUGGAAUACUGUUUCUGUUUUUGAGGCCUUGGUGAUCACGUCAUUUUUUGCGUACGUCUCGUCUCUUUGAAAGAGCGCUACGUACUCAACCCGAAGGCGUUACUACUGCUGCUGGAGCUAUCACUGCUUGUUUCGAUCGGAUUGUCUGAACAGCGCACUCCGAACAGCGCACUAAAAUACAAUGGACGGCAGGAGCUACGGAUCUGGUUAUUCCAGUUGGGGAGGUGGCGGGUCAGGCAGCAGAGGUUCUGGUGGCUUUGACCUGUAUGGGGGAGGUUAUAAAGACUCAAUGUCUGGGCUUGGGGGCUAUGGGGGAGGAGGCCACAUGAAGAGAGGCCUCUCAGGAGCGUCCCUGCUCUCAUCCACAGGCACACAUGCAGAUGCAGUAAUUGCCAAGAUUAACCAGCGCCUGGACAUGCUAACUCAGUUGGAGGGGGGGAUGAAAGGGACUCGAGGUGACAGGUAUGACCACUACGAGUCAUUCGACUCGCGCGCCUCCGCUCUCACCUCCUCCCGAGAUCUCUACAGAUCUGGCGGCGGUAGCUAUGGUUAUGGCGAUGGCCGUGAGGACAACAUGCUGUUGAGUCAGCGAGGAGGCUCGGGCUUCGGAGGGGGAAUUGGGCUAGGGGGAGGAGGAGGCUUUGACAGCCCCUCCUCUUCCUAUGGAGUCGCUAAAAUGCGACAGAAUAUGAGGGAGUCCUUCAACAGUGGCCAGGGAGGAGGCUCUGGAGGUGCAGGAUGGCCUGGAGCAGGCCGACGUUCCCCCAGAAGGGGUGGAAGUGCCGGGGGUCGAGGAGCUGGAGGAGGGUUUGGAAGCCGCAGGUCUGACCCCACUCCAUUAGGAGGAGGUGGGCGGGGCAGUGGCAGUGGUGGCCAGGCCCACCGCGGCCACUCUCCAGGAGGUGGUAGAGGCAAGCUCCCAUCCCUCCUGUCCAACCGCAUGUACCCUGAGAGUGGGGGCUUCCAUCAGGGUUCCACUCAAGGGCCUCACGACUUUCCUGGGAGGCAUUUUGGAGGGGGCCCACGGGCUGGCCGGCAGCGAGGCCGCAAGAGACCCCUCAACAAACAGGUGAAGCCGCAGCGUGACGUCCAGAAGAAGAGAAAGCAGACUCUUACUGCAGCCGAUGAGCCAGAGUCGAAGAUGAACAAGACCGAGAGUUCUGGGUCAGAAGCUACCCAAGAGCAAGCAGAGAAAAAUGGGGACGGCAGUGAACCAAAAACUGCAGAUCCGGAGACAAACCCAACUGCAGAUGGAGAUAAAGCUUCACCCAAACAAGAGGAGAAGAAAAGUCCACAGGGCAAACAGACUCCGACCCAAAGUCAGGACAAGCACCCAAAAAUGAGGAAGAGGAGGGGCUUCCUGGAAAGGGUGAUGUUUGCCUGCUCUGUGUGCAAGUUCCGUUCGUUCUACAAGGAGGAAAUGGAAACUCAUCUUGACAGCCGCUUUCACAAGGACCACUUUAAGUUCCUUUCCAGCCAACUGUCCAAGCCCACUACAGAGUUCCUACAGGAGUAUUUACAGAAUAAGUUUCAGAAGACAGAUCAGAGGGUUGGCCAGUUGGAAAACCACAGUGCUGCCAUCUGCCAGGUGUACAAAGAGCAGGACCUCACCAGGGAUCUUGGUAUGGAGCACUUCAUGAGGAAGGUGGAAGCCGCUCACUGCGCAGCAUGUGACCUUUUCAUUCCAAUGCAGCCACACCUGAUACAGAAACACAUCAAGUCACCUGACCAUAACUACAACCGGAAGGGUAUGAUGGAGCAGUCCAAGAGGGCCAGCCUGUCAGUUGCUCGUAGCAUCCUCAAUCACAAAGUCAUUGGCAAAAAGCUGGAGAGCUACCUCAAGGGUGAAAACCCGUUCACUGGUAACCAAGACGACCAGGAUCCAGAAGACUCAAUGGUGAUGGACGUGUCUGAGAUGGAGUUAACAAACGAGACGGCAGACAACCAGACAGAGGCGGCAGCAGUCAAGGAUGAGCCGGCAGCUGAGGAGGAGACGGGCCAAAAGGCCGCCGAGGGUGAAGCAGCAGCAGCAGCAGCAGCAGCAGAGGAGGAAAAGAUGGAGGAGGAUCUAGGAAUGGAGGGAGAGGAGGAGCAGGGCAACCAGGAAGAAGACGAAGGUUUUGAAAUUGGAGAUGAGGAGGGAUAUGUGGUGCACGAUGAGAUUGGUGAAGAGGGAUUACAGGGUGAGGAGGAGGACGAGGAGGAGGAGGAGGAGGAAGGAGUAGAGGCGGCAGAGGUAGAGGAGGAAGACAAGAACGAUGAAUGAACUUUGCACCCUGUGUGUGACUUCUCGACCUUAACAUCUGUCUGGACCAGUCGAUGACCCCCGCAGUCCCAUUCAACCCAAUCUCAUUGCCAUGUAUAUUAAGAAAUAUACAUACCUGCUCCCACCAUUUUCCACCGUCUGAUGAGCUUGUAUGAUUUUAUUUUUUGUUAAAGGAAUAGCUUCACGUUUCGGGAAAUACUUAAGCUACGUAACGGUCUUAUGGAUGUCUACCAACUGUUCUUUAGAGGUGUUGAUAGACUAAUGGUGCGUUCAGACGGAGGCGUUGCAAAUAUUUGCGUCGCUUUAAUCGCGGGAUCAUAUUGGGAUCAUUUGUGUAUAUAAUCGCAUUACUUCCGUCAGUGUAAAGCUGCUCCGUCAACUAAACAACAGGCAUAUAAUUUCAGAAUUUACCAUGUAGUCCAACUUUCCUGCUUACUUUUCCACAAGAAAAGCUUUUUUUUUUGUCUGGUCUCUGUACAAAUGAGGUACUGUAGAACUCUGGGUGCCCACAGACCGCUACAAUAAUUUGUUCCUCCUUUCUGAUUCAACGUCAGGACAUCAGGAGAAUCUAAACACUGAUAGGAAUUUCGCGACACUGUAUCACGUGAAUUCUUCGCUCUGGUUAAACUAUUCCAACUUGCAUGAAUUUUGGGUCCUUUUCUCGCGGCGCCCUCAAGUUUGCAUCUUUGCAUUGACUUUGUAUGUAAUCGCGCCACCGAAUAAUAGUCUAAACGUACCAUGUGUUUUUCCUAGAAUGUAAAACAAUUGCUCUUAAUAAUUUUUUUGUGUGUGCCUUUUGUUCAAAGAAUACUUAAUUUCGAUUCAUUUCUUUAGAAUUGUUUAAGAAAUGUAAAGUUGAGAGAUAUCGUGUACUUUUUUUUUUUUUUUUUUUUUUUUUCCAUUUUACAUGUCGGAGCUAUGUCCUAGCAUUGUGUAUUGAUGAUUUUACAACCUUUUGGUAAAAUCUAGAACAUGUUGGGCUUUUUAUUCUACAGCUGGGGUGAUGAGGGGACUGCCUGUAGAAUAAGUAUGGAAUAUUUAAAAUGAAUAUCAGUCAUGUAACGAACAAUCUUGUUUCAUUCUGUAUAAGAAAUAAACUUGUUGAAUA